AUGGCGCGCAGUCUCCGCAGCAAGAGGGACAGCGUGUAUCUCAAGUGGAGUGCAGUUAUGCAUCCAAGUGAAGCCCUUCACGAACUUCUUGGGGACCGAGACAACUCUCGAUUGUUCUUCCAUGGGCUGAGGCGUCAGGUGAAAGCCAUUCGUCAACGAUCGCAGAAAUCCGAGGAUGGCCAAAUCACAAUCUUUGAUGCUGCUCUUGUUCGUCUCUAUGACAAUGGACAUACCAUGCAAUCCUAUGGUCUGUUCGAAUUUUACAUGGCUGAGUUCCUCGGAACCAAAGACUGUGUCUCAGAUGGAGAGAUCAAAGCUUGCCUGGCUGCCAACCUGGCGGCCCAGCGUGUUCUUGACGCCGGCCCCAUCUCGGAGAUCCCAACUCUUUCAAACCUGACCGCUGGAGAGGAAGAAAUCAAGUCUACCGACCACGAUAAUGCUAGCACCCAGGCUACCGACUCGACCCGUGACUCCGAAGAUUCAAAGCCUCGCCAUCUCGAUAGACUGGUCGAAACUUACCAAAAGGCCAAGGAAGACUACUAUGUACUGGAGGUAACCGAAACCCACGACAAGAAAACCAACAGCGUCCGCUUCCUUCGUGACACCGCCGAGAACCUCCUCCGUUACCUGAAGAAUGUAGACAAGGAUCACGAUCUGAUUCAGGAACUCGAGGAUACCGUGAAGUCUAGCAAAGCCCAUGCAGACAAGCUCGCAGGUGGUCGCAAGCGCAAAUUCGAGCGUGAGGACAGCAGCUUUCAUGGCAGCCCCAGCCCCAGCCCCUACCGACCUUACGGAUAUUAUGGAGAGACCUACGGGGAAGUGACAGAAACGAUCGCUGGGACCGAUAUGUACCAAAGACUGGAUGGAACCACGGCCGGGGUGUUGACUCCUACCGCCCCUAAAUCCAGUUUAUUGGGCGCAUUAUUCAUUGAGAACAGGCGUUCAGACUCCGGAGGGAGGUGUUUUGUGUUCCUGCUAGUGCUUCAGCGAAAGCCCCAAACAGAUUUGCCAGUCGCGUAA